UAUUGUCAAAAUAUCUAAUGUGAAUGAUAAUGAUAGGAUGAUUCUCAAGACAGAAGAUGUUAGUCUGACCCCGAAUGCUAAACAAAUUUCUCAAGUCUUUAUCUUCUCAGGAAUUGACAAUGGGAUUGUGAAGAUGUCUGAGUCCUCGACUGUUACAUUUGAUAAAUAUGUCUAUCACUUAAAGCUGUAUAACCGUUUUGCUGUAUUGGAUGAAGAAGAGCUCAAGCAAGAAGAACCCAAUUUUCAAGUACUUCUUGGAGCAAAGGCAAUUGUUGUUAAAGAUGUUGAUUUUUGAAGUAGAAAUUUCCAUUAUAGACACAAGCUUAA